CACGCCCGCGAGAGGGGGCGCGCGUCAGGUUAGGGACUCGCGCUGCUCGGGCGGCGGCAGCAGCUUCAGCGGCAGUGUCGGCGGCAUCCUUAAGGGCUCUGUCCAGGACCAGCAAGACUGACUGACUGACUGACAUACGGACACUCGAAAUGGAGGGGGCUUCUUUCGGAGCCGGCAGGGCUGGAGCCGCCUUCGACCCCAUAAGCUUCAUCAAACGUCCCCAGACCAUCUUACGGAUCACAGCCUGGGUGUUCUCCAUUGUGGUGUUCGGCUCCAUCGUGAAUGAGGGCUACGUGAAUAGUGGCAGCACCCCGGAGCUGCACUGCAUCUACAACAAGAACGAAGGUGCUUGUAACUACGGCAUUGCCAUCGGCAUCAUCGCCUUCUUUGCCUGCAUCUUCUUCCUCGUCCUUGACCUCAACUUCCAGGAAAUCAGCAGCGUCAAGGACCGGCGGCGGGCAGUGCUCCUGGACUUGGCCUUUUCAGGGCUCUGGUCCUUCCUGUGGUUUGUGUGUUUCUGUUUCCUGGCAAACCAAUGGCAGCAGACCAAGAUGAGUGAGGCAGUAAACCAGGGGGCAGAUGCAGCCCGGGCAGGCAUUGCUUUCUCUUUCUUCUCUAUCAUCACCUGGGUGGCCCUCAUGGUGAAGGCGCUGCAGAGAUACCGCCUGGGCACCGAUAUGUCGCUCUUUGCCACGGACCAGCUUAGUGCAGCCCCUGGUACCAGCUACCCUGGAUACCCAACAGGCAGUGGUGUUGAGGGCACUGAGACCUACCAGAGCCCCCCCUUCACUGAAACGCUAGACACCAGCCCCAAGGGCUACCAGGUGCCUGCCUAUUAGUAGAGCUGCCCACCCCGUGCCAGGGCCUCGGGGUACUGUGAGCAUGUUUGGGCUACAGCUAUGGCCUGUCCCUGUGGGUCAGUCUUGUGGACUCUGUACAGUGGUCUCGGUUCUUGUCUCACCUCUAAGGGUUAAGCAAACAAAAUAAUCACACAGUGUUCCCUCUAAGUCUGAAAAGGAAGGAAAGAAGGGAGUUGGGGAAGGAAAGGAGGCCAGUGGGUGGGGAGGAGGGAGGGAAAUGAGAAAGGAAUGAAGAUGCAUAUGGGAAGGAGAGAGGCAGGGAAAAGGAGGCUAGGAAGGCAGGGAGAAAGAAGCAGAAAGGUAGGAAAUUAAGUGGGGGAAGGAGAGUUAGGUGCACGCUGGAGGGGAAGGAGGCAGCCAAGUAUGUUCCAGGAGGUAAGGGAAGGUGGGAAGAGGGAGCAAUGAAGAACCAUAUUCUGAACACAGAAUGGCCUUAAUGAAACAUUAAAGUCUGAAAGUGAGGAGGGGAAAGGGGAGGCAGUGAGCAGGUGAUGUCGGAAGAAGGAAACCCAGGAGAGGAAGUGAGGUAGCAUGACAUCAUGAGCUCUCAUUGGGAAUUGCUGAGCCCAAAGCUCCCCACUCUUUGUAGGAUGGGUGCUACUAGCCUCCUGACCCCACCCAUAAUUGUGCCCUUCUGCGGGGCACGCCUCUGAGUCUUCAGCACCUUCUGCUCAGGGCCACCUUCCACCCACAGGCUCUGAAUUAAGACAACCUGCUAAGUCAGACAUGCUGAAUUUCCCCAGCUCCAGUCCCUGGCUAGAAGGGCCUGACCCCUCGUUCUCCACCCCAAUCCUAUCUCCUUGGCCUUCCUAGUAAACUUUCAGAAUGAGCCAAACCCACCUGGGCCCCCAAACCCUGCCCUGCUGGGGAGAAGACUCAGGGUUUCCAGGGUGCUCUGUCCCAUCCCUCCCCCACAGGCUGAGGUGCCUGUUCCCCAUCCUGGCCCCGUGGCUUCUCAUUCCCAAGUCUGAAGGAAAAGGUCCAGCUGAGGAAGGGGAGCCCCAUGACCCCUACCCAGGGAAAACCAACUGCAGCAAUAUUUUCCUUAGAGGGAACACUGACCCAUUUUAGCAGCACAAAAGGUACGUGUGUCAAUAUUUUAGCCAAUAAUCAAUUUAAACGGUUCCUUAAAUUGAUUGUAUUUGUGAGAUACUGUCCAUUGGGUAUAUUGUAUUUUUCUAUUUUGCUCUCUGUGUAUUACCGUGAUCGCAAUGGGCUUUCUAUGGAUGUCAGGGCCAUUCUCAGUGCCCCUGGCCCGGCCCCCCCCCCUCGGUGGCUCACUCCCCCCAGAUCCCCACGUCACUCGGUAGUGACAGAAAAGUUGGGGCUGCUGCAGAAUUGUGUGCAUGCCCCCAGAAAAAGUAGGGGUCCAGGCUCCUGGAGGGGUAUCCCUGUUAGUGCCUCAGGGAUACCUUCCCCACAUCCUCCUUUGUUGGGCUAGGGGGGGUUCUCUACUCCCCAACUCACCUCCCUGCUAAGCCAGGCUUAGGGCUCCGACAGCUGGAAAAGGUGGAUGUGGCCAAAAAGUCAAACAUGGUGGUCGAGCAUUUUGCCUUCAAUCAAGGCCAGCCUGCCCGGAGUAGCACUGACCUGCCUCCCUCCACCCCCACCCCUGCCUGCCCAGUGUUUUCUGGGAGGGGGGAAUCAUCUAGAACCUUUUGCCUGAACUCAAGACUCCGGACCCUUGGGUGUGAGCUGACAAUACGGUGAGAUGUACCAAAGGCGGCAGCAGCAGCAAGAGCCCUGCCCCUAGGCCUGGCCCAACCCUACUGCAUGACCUGGGCACCUCCCAGCCCUAGAGAGUGCCCGAGUUCCCACCCAGGGGAUCCUUAUAGCAAAUUUUGGGUGUGGGUAGUACUGUUAAAUAGUGUCUGUUGUAGUCUGUCUUAUGUGCCAGUGGUUUGUCAGGUAGGGUAGUAUGCCCAGCGAUACGGAACGUAAUUUAAUCUAUUCUUAUGGACUCAUUAGAGAAAUCCUAGAGUUGUUGGUGUUAUAGCUAUAGAACAUGCUUUAGCCUUCCUGUAUUAAUUCUCCAGAUCCUUGCCUUUCUUCUCCCAUUAAGCACCCCACCCCCCACCAUCCAUUUCCCCUUGGUCAGUAGGGGCCAGCAUUUAUCUUUAGUCAGGGCCCCGCUCUACCAUAUGAAGCAAAGCAUGUCCAUACCGCUGCAAUGCUGAGCAUCAUUAUCGGCUUCUGCUCUCACAAGCCGCUGAGGAGCCUCCUCUGGAAGGAACAAGGAGUCAGACAUCGACACCGAUUCUCCCCUUGCCUCCCAUGACAGCUAAACAUAUGUGCCCAAGUCCAGGUUUGGUGGGAGUCAGCACGUUACAGAGAGGUUGCAAGAGGGACCAGAGGCCCCUAUGGGUGGCAUCCAUGCCCCUUGCCAGGCCUGGGUGAGGAAAGUGAGUGCUUCUUGAGGGUGGGAGGAAAUAAGAGAAAAUGGGGAGGGGGAGGAUUGAGGGCUCCAGAACUCUGCCUCUUUUCCAGAUUUAAAUAAUAAAUGUGAGUGCAUUUGACACAUCAUAGACAGUGCAGAAGCUACAGGAUAUCCAAGGAAAGCCCCCUUCCCUUUCUGCUUUCUGGUCCUGUAGACAGUGUGUGCACACACCAAGUGUACCUACAUGCUCUCAGGUUGAUAACCAUGUCCCUGGCUCAGCAAUGUCUCUUCCCCAGAGAGCAGCAAGCAGUUACAGAAACUUCCUCCACAGCAGGUGCGUAACAGGUUCAGGUGAUGAACUCUGUUUGCGUGAGAAUGAUUUUAUAGGCUAAGUCACCUCAUUACCAUUGCCAAGAACCCAUCUAUCUCUACCUUUCACUUCUGCCAACUCUUCCCCACAGCAGGUGGGCUGGUUGGUCACUGGCAAGCAACCAGGGGGUGCUCCCUCCCAGCCCACCCUCCAGGCCUCUUCCCUGCUCGUUCCACACAGAGUUCAUUAGAGGGACCACUCACUCCUUGCUGGAGCUCAGCAGUCUGAACUCUGUUGCAUUUAACCCUUCAAUUGUGUACUAGUUUUUAAUAAAAAUGGAUACCAAAUGUGGUUUGCCCAUUUAAGUUUUGCAGAUACCUCUCUUUAAAGGCAGGCCGCUUCCCAAAGCUGCUGUUGUAAGUAAAACUAUGUACAUUGUAGUCUAGGGUGGACUGUGUAUGGAACCAUCAGUAAAAAAAAUGUUUACAAUUUUUUUUGUAUAUAUCUCUCUUCUCAAAGAACAAUCCGUGAUUGUGUAUUUUCAGUGUCUGUGUUCCAGCUGCAACUUAUUUUCAAUAAAGAGUGCAAACGAA